AAUUUAAGCGACCAUUUCUUCCACCAAGACGUUCUGCGGUUCAUUUGACUCUUAUUUGGAAUCUUCACGUUUGAACUUGAUACAAGUUCUGAACCCUGCAUAAAUGACGCAAACUCCCAGAUGUGACGCUUCGAAUCGGCUGUUUGAGCUUCCUCCAGAGAUUCUCUUCUACCUCUCAGAAUUCUUCAAUUCAUCGCGAGAUCUACUUGCGAUGGCUUGUAUGAACAGUACCGCAAAAUGCACUUUUCUCCCGCGUCUCUAUACCUUCAAUGUUCGGCGUCAAGAAAGCUCCGCGUUGAUCUGGGCCGCUCAAAAUAACAAAGUUGCUCUGGUAAAUCGUUUGCUAGAGGAAUAUCGAGCAAAUACCAACACGACAGAUAACAGAUCUCGCACGCCUGUUUUCCACGCUAUUCAAUCUGGAAGUGAGGAAAUAAUUCGAACUCUUCUGGAUGGCACAGCAGACAUCAACUGGCAAGACGAUCGAAAUCAGACGCCGCUGCUAUAUGCUCUGCAGCGGAGACACCUGUCUCUGGCGCGCGUUUUGUUGCGACAUUUCAAUCCAUCUGUGGAUUGUACGGAUUUCAUGGAUCGAAAUGCUAUCUGGUAUGCUGUCGCCAAUUGCGAUGAGCAAUUGGUACAACUUCUCCUAGAACGGCAAAGCGAUAUAUGGAUGAUGGACUACCGACAAACCACCCCUCUGAAGUUGGCGAUUUCCAAACGGAAUUUGCCUAUCGUCCAGCUCCUGCUUGAUCAUUCACAAGCUCGUCCUUCACAGCCUCGACUGGUGGACGUGAAUGCUGGAGACCACCCGCUUUGCUUGGCCGUCUACGCUGGCCUGAAUGAAAUUGCUCAAACUCUGAUUGAGUACGGUGCAGAACUCCAUGUCAGAAAUAGGUACGGCCAGCCCUUGUUGCACCGAGCCGCCAGCAAUGGACAUGAUGACGUCACCCAGCUGUUGCUGAGCCAUGGAGUGGAUGUCAAUAGUACUGAUCCGGGGGGCCGCACAGCAUUGCAUUUUGCUGCAUUUUAUGGCCAUAAGUCAACUACCAAGCUAUUGUUGAGUACCCCUGGAAUUGACAUUGCGGCUUGUGACAUUGAAGGAGCCACGCCUCUCUGCGCGGCCGCGCGUGGAAACCACCGAUCCGUCGCGUUGCAGAUCUUGGCUGAGGAACCGGCCAACAUCAAUGCACGCGGCUUUGGCCAAAAGACUGCUCUUCACUUUGCGGUUCAAAAUAGAAACUUCCACCUCGCGUGUUCGCUUGUGGAGCUGCAUUCAUUGGACCCAAACAUCUGUGAUGACCAGGGCUGGACGGCCCUCAGCUACGCAGCGGGCCAAGGCGAUCUGCGGAUGAUGGACCUCCUUCUUACUAGGAGUGAUCUAGAAUUGAAUGUAUCGCGCGCACCUCCCAUUUAUCUUGCUGCUGAGAGGGGGCAUCUGGAAGUUGUCCGCCGACUCGUAUCCCUUCAACAGGUCGAUAUUAAUCAGACAUUCUGGCGCAAGUCUCCUCUAUUCAUUGCGAUCGAAAACGGCUACCGUGGUAUUGCAAAACUGCUGCUUAAACAAGGGUCUCGAUUGAACGUUAACGCCGAGACUUCCCUGGGAGAUACCGCACUCCACCAUGCUCUCUCUUAUGGAAAUUCGCACAUUGUGGAGCUAUUGCUCAGAGACGAUCGACUCGAUGUUACGGGUACCAAUCGAUAUGGGGAGUCAGCCCUGGAGCUGGCAGCCCGGAAAGGAAAGGAGCACGUUGUCAGGCUUCUUUGCCGCGACCGCCGAGCAAGAAAUGGAAGCCACCUCCGGAGUGCCAUGGAUGCAACAUCAAAUCUUCGGAUUCUGUAUUUCCUUCAGAGGCAGUUGAUGAGACGUGACGUGCAACACGAUGUACGUCGGUCAGCUCGACUUGCUGGAGGAAGUUAUCAGGUUAUGGAGUCUCGCACCACGCCACCACUUCGAAGGUCGGCGCGCUUAUCACAGCCAAGAGUGAGAAGAUCUAGAUGA